AUGGAACGACAACGAUUGACGAAUCUAGCUGGUCAAAAUCAAGAUCCUUAUAUCGCUGCUGCAAUGAGUGCUUCCUCCCCCUCAAUUCCCCAAGGUGACAUGAUGGGUCCAAGUAGCGUUGACGCCCUGAAUGCUCCACCAGCAGCACCCUCACGAACAGCAAAUAGUGGUGCCUCGACCUUUUCUCCCAACAGUGGUGCUGCUUCAGGUGGUGGUUUUGGGGGUUUGGGUGGUUAUGGAAACGGCGGAACUAGUGGAGAAGAUCUUGCAGCCCUGGAACCAAGGUCCAAACCAGCUUCUCUGGAAGAACAAAAGGCUGCUGAUGCGACACUCUCUGAAUAUGAACUCUUCCAAGUGGAUGACAACUGGCUGGAUAAGACCUUACAAGAACGUAUGAUGAGCUUCGAAGCAGAACGAGAGGAAGAUGAACUUUCAAUUGAUGAAGAAACUGAAUUAUUAUUAGACCAACUGGAGGCACUGCCAGAUGAUUAUGGUGACAAUCGAGAUGACAGGUUUGGUGCUGAUGACAACAAUGGGGAACCGUGGGAUAUGUAUGGAAUGGACGAAUCUGAAAAGAGUGAAAUUGUUGGAGGUCGCAAAAUCCCCAUACCAGAACCCGGUUCCGAAUUUUAUUUGGAUUUGGACGAACCGGCGGAUCCAGAGGAACAGGCAAGGUUGGAUGCAGAGUUCUGGGAUCGAAUGAAAGACUGCCAGCUCAGUAGUCGGCGGUUGGAGCGAGCUCGACGGUCCGACAGAGCGAAAGCCUUCUUUUCACGGGACCCCAACAGAAGCCAAGGCUUUGAUCGACUCUGGGUCACUGCUUUCGACAAUGGGGUUUUUAGAAACAUUGUUGGCCUCAUGAGGGAAUAUGGAGUCGAGUUUGCAGAUAAUUUCGGAGAUUUUGAAAGCACGCGCCCAGAGGAUGGCCUGUAUACCGUCGAGGAUGUCGCCUCAUUCAAGGCCCGUAAGGUAUACGAAGUCACAGGACUACCCACAGUGUCGUGUCAUACAUCUUUCGAAAUCGAACCCGUACCUCCAACGUCCCCUAUUCCCAAGACCAAAGGCAGUGUUACAGUUCCAACGAACACACCUCCUCCAAGAUCCAGCAAUCCAAGAGUCCUCUCUGGGUAUCGCAUCUGUGAUAUUGGAAUGCACGUCGACUACAUUUGUGAUGCUAUGAGACCUGUGUCAGAACCCACUCGAGUUACUCGAUUUUCAUCUUGUGUGUGCUAUUACGAUGGAGAAAUGGAGAUCUUUGAGCACGCUGUGUGCGAUGUCGAUUUGCACUUUUCGAAUUCACUUCGGACAGACAUACCCUUGUCAAAAGCGAUUCACGACAUGACCGAUAUGUUGAAGCUGACUCAUGGUUUGGAAUACCAAAAGUACUUGCGGCAACAUAUGGACGAUGUCCUCGGGGGUUCAUUGGGCCCUGCAAGUGUCAAACUCCGCGACAGGGUCCUCCGGGAUGGUAAGGUUCUACCAAACAAGAUCAUUGACGUUUCUGCUUUCAUGGACUCCCAAGUGGAUGUGAACCUCAUGGACGACUGUGCCAAGGAGUUGUCCACUCGAUUCAUGGAUUGUAAACCCACCAAGAUCUUGACUGUUGCCACGACCGGUUUGGUGAUUGCCUUGCCAAUGGCCAAAUACCUUCAGGUCCCAGUGGUGUAUGCCCGCAAGGAACGAAACGUUGUCAUGGCAGAUACCUACAAGGCUACUUAUUCUAGUAAAACGGUCGGAAUCAACCGUGAAUUGCUCGUGAGCACGUCUCACAUCGAUCCAGGCGACCGUAUUUUGGUGGUGGACGAUUUUUUGAGCAGUGGGGCCACUCAAGAGGCUCUGUUGACCAUUAUUUCGGAUGCCGGUGCCACAGCUGUAGGCGUCGGCGUUUUAUUGGAAAAAGCCUACUUGAGCGGACGGCAAUCGCUAAGUGGAUAUAAUAUUCCGAUCCAUUCACUUUGUCGAGUGGCAUCUGUGGAACAACAGUCCAUUCAGUUGGUCGAAGAGGAAGGUUACGAAUCAUUAUAA